AUGCGAUAUGCUGCAAACAUUGAACGAGCCCUGAGCUCAUGGGAAAUCUCCCCCGAGGAGUGGGCGGAUUACAUUGCCUUUCUUGCACGAUUGCUCAAAGCUGUCCAAAGUCAGCGCAAGGACGACGUCUCCGAUCUUCCACACAGCCAUGCCAUUGCCACGCGACUGGCCCAAUGCUUGAACCCGGCUCUGCCUUCUGGAGUCCAUCAGAAAGCACUGGAGGUCUACACUUAUAUCUUCUCCACAUUCGGCAACGCUCACAUCGCAAGUCACAUCCACGAAUAUCUCCCGGGACUUACUGCCGUGUUGUCUUUCGCAUCGCUGUCGGUAAGACCUGCUUUGUACCGUUUGUUCGAGGACCACAUCCUUGCGCUUUCUCCAUCCGCUCUACGCCCGGCACUGAAGUCGUUGAUUCUCAGUCUCCUACCAGCGUUGGAAGAUGAGACCGGAGAAGACUUUCAGCGAGCGUUCGCGAUCUUGCAAGGCUUGGAGCGUUCUUUCACUCCGGACUUCAGAUCGGUCGGGCUGGGCAGUGAUCAGGAUGGCUAUUUCUGGCAGUGUCUCUUCCUCUCCGUCAUCACCAGUCCUUCUCGGCGUCAGGGCGCUCUCAAUUACCUAUCUAGGACUCUUCCGAAGCUCGCAGCGAAAGAUGGUGGUGCAGAAGCAGACCAGAGAGCGGCCGACUGCGUCGUUUCGCCGGAGCCCGGUUUGCUCAUACGCUGUUUCGUUUGCGGCCUAUCCGACGCUCAGAUCUUGAUUCAGCGCGGAUUCCUCGAUUUACUCGUGACCCAUCUACCUCUGAAUUCCAGAGUUCUUCGAGAAAGGGUUGGCACUCAAGAUCUGGAUCGCUUGGUAGCAGCCGCUAUGCUAGUGCUCUUACGGCGGGAUAUGAGCCUCAAUAGGCGGCUUUGGAGCUGGUUCCUAGGCCCAGAGCCCAAAGAUCAGCCCGGAAGUCGAUCGCCAUCGCCGAAUGUCACACGGAAUGCUUCCAGUUCUGGAGGCUCGGACUCACAAUUACGCUAUUUCUCGACGUAUGGCAAAGCCAGCCUUGAGCGCUGUGUUUUACACAUGUUCCAAAAUGUCGACAACGCGCCGCUGCAGCGAGCCCGACCCUUCAGGCUUUGUCUAUCGCUCAUGGACCGGUGGGAAAUUGGCGGACUGCUAGUAUCGCAGAUCUUCCUUCCUGCGAUGAAGAGCCUCUACGAGUACAACUUGACAGCGCCACCGAACGAUGUUGCUGAAGUGAUUCGAAGUGCAAGCUUGUUCUUCGACGGCGUCGAAGCCAGCCUGAUAUGGGAGUGUUUGCUUGGCAUCUUGAACGAUUCAUUCGAAUCGAACUCUGACGCUGCACAAGGCGUCAAGCUGUUCAGAUGGAUUGUCAAGACUUUUAACGUCAGGGACGAGGAGAUGCUUACGCUACAUAUCCCGCAGAUGCUACUGUAUCUCAUCUGUGUUGUAAAUGCGAGAUCAACAACGCCGGAAGUGCGCGUGGUGCUGCUUGACGCAGCGAUCGUGCUUUUGGACAUGCUUCCUGCUAGAGUCUUCCAGCCAUCUGUUGGGAAGUCUGGCAGAGGCGCUUCACCCUCCUUCCCAGAGGAUGUGCCAGAUAGCGCUGCCAGACGAGCAAUAUUGGAGUUCUAUCGUGCUGGAGAUCAGGCCGCUGGUCAAGUUAAGUUGCCUUUUGCCAACGACGCGAUAUCAAAUCUCUUAGCUGUCAAGGCCAUCGAGACUGCUGGGCAUUCGCUCACCAUCCUGGAUCCAGAUCUGUAUUCUUUAUCUACAACUUUUCUGGUGACACUGCUGGGCAAGGCAACGCUGCACGCCGGAUUCAAGACACAGCUCAACACCGCGCUGCUUGACAAGUUUCGAUCGACAGACGCGGAGGCCAUCUCAUUCCCAGCAUUGAACUCCACUGUCAGUUUGCUGUCGGCUCUGGCCGCUGAGGAGGCGUAUCUUUCUCCCCAGGACAUUGUCAGUCUAGAACCCACAUUGACAUCCCAGCUGUGGGUAUACAUGUCUCCAGAACUUCCGAAAUACCAUGUCGAGGCUGUCAGGGUGUUUUGGCAGCUUCAAAGCCUGGUCAGGAGUGAUGAUAUCGCGACGGCAUCUCUUGCUGGACUUAUCAGGAAUGUGAGAAUCUCUUCCACGAUGUCCUUAGAGCAACGAUCAGCUACACCAACAGCUACGACUGGCGUGGAUGCAGAUACUGCAAGAAGAUUCGCUGUUCUGUGGAACCAUUCAGUGUCCGUGCCAACCUCGAGGACUGGCGGUAGUGUCCGACGUGGAAGUACCAUGAGUGUCCUACCAGACUCGAAACUCGUGAAGCGCAAUCUUUCGGUCUUAGAACAUCCUUUGGUGUUGAUCUUAGACGCUCUACAAAAUGCUGUAGGGGACCCUACUUCUGAUGCCGUGAGAAGCUGGUUGCACGGCCUGGCGAGUCUCGAACAAGUGUUUCAGAUCUUGCUGCGGCAGCUUCAAAGGGAUCUACCGGUAGUCGGGCUUACGAUAGCUCAUUCGUCACAGGCAGCCUCUCAAGGGUUGUCAAGAAGAGAGCGCGAAGACCGAGCGCGCGAUCUUGAUCAUGUAUACGGUCAAUUUUUGAACAUCCUCACCCACGCCAGCGCGUGGACGUGGCGAUGCUUGAGCAGCACCUUCCUGUCAGACGGAGUCAAGAUUGGCGAGAAAGAUGGCUUCCAGUUCCUGACGGAAACAUGCGUGCAGGUCCUCUGCAGCGAUCACUACUCGUCUGAAAGAAUGAAUAGGCGCCUGGUGCAAAUCCUUGACAUCUUGCUAUCUUGUCCACUGGCUGAAGAGUUGAAAUCGCUUGACCUUGAUUCAGCGCUUCUGGAUCGCUUGAUGGUCUGCUUAACGGGGAGCAUGAGCUCACUCCAGGGUGGACUACUGACGUUGGUCAAAAUGGCCUUGAAACUGAGGCUUUCCAACUCCGUACCAGAGAGCCCACGGGAGCAGAUACGGCCACGGGCAUCCCUUAACACGAACCGUGCCGUUGUCACUCGAUCUCCGUCUGCCUCCGCGCCAUCUCUGGUGAUGACGCCACCGCCACAACUCUUCAAGUGCCUGCAGAUGGGGUUCUCCGCACCCAGCUCACGCUACYAUCUGGACCAAUGGCUUGCCUUCCUCGCAGACGUUUUACCAACCUUUGCCGACGCUAUCUUCUCCAACUUGAUACCGCUCGUGGAGUGCUUCUGCGGCGAGCUUACUAAAACCCAUUCACAGCUAGUAGCAAUGUCCCACACAGCCUCUCACAUAUCAUCCAAGUCUCCCGAAGCUGUGCUGAUAAACUUACUGGAAGGAUUAGAGAUGCUACUGAACCGAGCAUACACAUGCCUGCUUGCGGAUGCAACUGAUCCACCGCCACCGCAAGAGAGCCAUGCAAAGCCCAGUUUUCUCACGCACGUGGCUGCUGGGAUGUUCAAAUCCGAGGGACCUCCCAGUAGGACUGCUCAAGCCAACAGCCGUCUCACCGUUAUCCUUGCAUUCCAAGAUGCGAUCCGCGUAGCGUUGAAAAUGUGGCUGUGGGCAAGUAGUGCGUUGGAAGUAGCGGAUAUUGAUGCAUCGAGCUUGGCGACGACUGCAUACAAUGCGCUGAAGGUUCGUAACAAAUCACGACAUCUUCUCGAGCAGCURUUUGCUGUCGAACCCCUUGAGUGCCUAGAAGCCAGUGUUGCGUACUGGUCUGGAGCCAAGACCGAAAACGAAGCAUCGGCAGCUCUGAGCUUGCUGCACGUUAUGCCGGUAUCCACCCCGAAGAACGUCGUGCCAGCGAUCUUGGAUGCGUUAUGCAGUCGUACCAAUCCAUCCGCCCUUCCUUCCACACGGCAAUCCAGUCUGACCCUUGACAUAACCCCCUCCGACGUUGCAACGUUUCUCUCCGCUUAUCUGGCCUCGAUUGAGGAUGAUGCAUUGGACGAAGUGUGGUCGGACUGCAUAACGUUCUUACGAGAUGUUCUAUCAAAUCCACUUCCCUUUAGACAAGUUCUUCCGCAUCUGCUGUCAAUAAUUCUCCUUUUGUCCGAGAAACUAAGCAAUACCAACUUUGGGGAGCAAAGAAAGAUGAGGCGCGACAUUGGAGACAUAUUCCAGCGCCUUCUGACUGCCACUUUCACCACACUGCCUUCCGGCUAUGCAACUGAGCCCGCACUAGAAGACACUGCUCGGAAUGGGGUCGAAAACUCCAGGCAUGCCACACUGGAGCACUCCAUGACUCUGCUCCCGGUCCUGAUCCGGGUGGCGUCUAAACUCGACCUGAUACUGGAAUCCCCCGAACGCAUUUCAGCCGCCAUCAACAAUAUUACAGCCAGUCUGGUCUCCUCGCUAUUCAGAGCACGAUCUUUUCCAAAGAAUGUUGGAAACGACGUUCUCACGCUUCUGACCCAUAUGACUCGAAAAGCACCAGGAGCAAAACCAUGGAAGAAGGAGAUCGCAGACGCCUUCAACGAUCCGAAACUUCUCUCUGCCACUCCAGAAGUGAUGACGCAAGGCUGGUUCCCUGCUCUCCAUCAGUGGUCUCUUCACGACAAAGACCGCGGCAUGCCCGAGCUUCUGACGCGCAUUACGCCACCCUCGAGCGCGGGAAUCAUGUUCGGCGUUGGCGCCAGCGCUGCUCGCCUUGAAGCCGAUCGCCGCACACAGCUCAACUUGCGAAGAAUAAGUAUCUUACUCCUUGCUUCGCCUGAGGACACCUACGUUGCAAAUUUGAGAACGCUGGAAGAAAAGCUCGCAGAACUUUUCGAUGCGAGUCCUUCAUCAUCGCCUUCUGCAGCCAUUAGAGCUGAGCUUUUCAUUCUGUGCCGAACAUUGGCGGUGUCUGUCAGUGCAGUGCACAUUGCGCCAUUGUGGCCGAUCAUCAAUGCCCAAUUGCAGAUGGCUCUGCGUUCAAUGCUGYCCGUGGGUGAUGAGGCUGAGAAGAAAGAUGGGUAUGACAAUCUGGCGUUACUACAGUGCUGUAAGCUGCUGGAGGUGCUAGUUGGGCUGGGACUUGAUGAGUUCCUCUUGCAUGAGUGGUUGUACGUGACUGAUACCGUCGAUGCUGUCUAUGCUCCAGAAGGAUGGAAGUCUGGAGCGCUCGCAGAUAUGGUGGGACAGGCUCUCGGCGACGAUGGAAGAGACGAGGUACCAGCUGCAACGACCGGAAGGCUGGGUCUCAUCAUACACGAUCUUGCAGUCGACAAGGAUGACAUCAAGGCGUUGCCCAAGGCAGAGUUCAUACGGACUGUUUUGAGACCGUUCUUGAGUCAAUUGAGCAUCAGUGCUUAUGAGGGCGUCUAUGGCUUGGAAAAGGCGGAUGCUGGMACCAUCAGAAAGGAGCUGCUGGAAGACCUUUUGGAUCUCGCUACGAUGGUCGAAUAG